UCCAAGAUGGCUACCUUGAACCGCAUCUUGGUGUCUUGUACCGUCAUGUUUGUGGUGCUAAACUCAGGAAAAUGCGACGCACAGGUGCCGUUGAUGCUGUGGACAAGCGGCGGGAUCUCCCUGCCCUCCCAGUUGCCUCCUGCAGCCGGUCACAUUGUUGGGCAGGAGCAGCUCAGCUCUUACCUGGAGAGGGCUUUGAAUGUAGGCCCUCGGAACGUACUGCUUUUCCUCCAGGACAAGAUGAGCAUAGAAGACUUCACCAUGUAUGGAGGUGCCUUUGGAAACAAGCAAGACAGUGCAUUCCCCAACCUUGAGGGGGCUCUGAUGUCUUCUCCUUCCCUUCUGGUACUACCCGCAGUAUCCUGGCCUGCCUCCAAUGCAGUGAUUGGCCAGCUCCAGGACCAUUUAGAAACCUCCCCUCUGUACAUGGAUGCUGAGACACUCAGCCAGUUGAGACUCAAUGCUUCCUCACCCGCCUUGCUGGUGUUCAGGCUUCCUUACGGUACUGGGGCUGAUCUUAUGUCUGCUAAGGAAGUUCUCAGUGGGAAUGAUGAGGUGAUUGGUCAGGUGUUGAGCAUCAUGAAGAGCCAAUCUGUUCCUUAUACGGCCAUUUACACCGCCCUGCGGCCCUCCCGGGAGGCAGCACUUAUCUCCCUGGAAGCUGGUCUGGGUGGAGGGCGCUCUCUGCUGCAGGCUAGGGGUGGGUACAGGGAGAGUCAGCGGGAGAGAGAGCGAGAGCGGGAGAGGCAGCACAGGAUCAAGGACAAGGCCGGGAUCUAUAGCCCCGUAGAGUUUAAGGAGGGGGACAACACUUGUAUCCUCCUUUGGGCCAAAAACCUCUCCGUGAGCAUUUUGCGAGGUGGCCGCUGGGAGGGACAUGACUUGACUCCCUCCACUUUUGGAGAGGGUGUCAGCCCCAAACUUCAUGGCUCGAGCUGCGACCAGACCAAGUCAAAGCUGGUUCUCAACUAUGAGGGUGUCCUCGGCCAUCGUAACUUCAAACUUAUCUUUGCAAUGAGCCAGCGUCACUUCAAGGUGUCUGCACGCCGCUGGUUCACACUAGAUGCCGUGGAGCUGGAGUAUGAUGGGACCAAAGCCACAUUUAACGGCAGCCGCAACGUUUAUGCUCCUGCUGAAUACUCCUACCGCUGCGAGUCAGUCACCAGCUUCCGCUGGCCCGCCCUCUUUCCACACUCAUCCAAAGACCCCGCCAACCAGUGGAGAGUCUCUUUCCAAGACUUUCAGAUCCAAGGCUUCAACGUGACCGGCGGUGACUUCUCCUACGCCAGUGACUGUGCAGGCUUCUUUACUCCGGGCAUCUGGAUGGGCCUGAUGACCAGUCUUCUUAUGGUCCUCGUGCUCACCUACGGCCUGCACAUGAUCAUGCAGCUCCGCACCAUGGACCGCUUCGAUGACCCCAAGGGCCCGGCUAUCUCUGUGCCCCAGACAGAGUAAAAUACCACCUCCAUCUGCCCUGGGAUUUGGUGACCAAAAAGGGAUACCCCCACCACCAUUUUUCCUGCAUUUCUUUUCCAUUUGUUGCAUUUCAUUCCAUCUGUCUCUCCUGAAUGCUACUGUAUUUUCACCCUACUCCUCAUUUCCAUACGUUGUGUAUAUUGAGUCCAUUCUUGUGUAGUUGGGCAUUAUGCAGGGCAUUGGAGUUGCCUGAUUAAGUGUUAAGUCAGAUGGAGGUGGGAUCAGUGUUCAGUACUGUAUAUAUUCCCAUAUCAACCGUGUUUCUAUUGUAAAAUGUUUACCUUCAAAGGAAUCUGAAAUCUUUACAGUUGUCAGGCUGUCUAAUAUAUAUACAUAUCGAUAUAUCUAUCGAUAUGUAUAUAUAUUAGAUAGAUAGAUAGAUAGAUAGAUAGAUAGAUAGAUAGAUAGAUAGAUAGAUAGAUAGAUAGAUAGAUAGAUACACAUCCCAUAUUAAAGGGAUCUGAUUUCACAUGGAGGGACAAAGUUGUCAGGGCUAACAUGUAGUGUAUAUAUGAAAAUGCUGUUGGUGGUUUUGGCCUGUGUAUUUUUGUGUUGUGUUUACAGCAGAGGUAGUGUAUAUCCAUAAAUGUGACAUUUAACCAUCUAACGAUACUCCGGGGGAAUUUCAGCUUAAAAGGGUUAAAACUGUAUCUGCAGGGGCAUCCAGGUAGCAUAGCAGUCUACUCCAAUGCCUACCAACAUGGGGAUCGCCUGUUCAAAUCCUUGUGUGUUACCGCUAGCUUGGUCAGGCUGCACUAGUGCCUCCUCUGGUCGGUUGGGGCACCUGUUCAGGGGGGAGGGGGAACUGGGCGGAAUAGCGUGAGCCUCCCACGUGCUACGUCCCCCUGGUGAAACUCCUCACUGUCAGGUGAAAAGAAGCGGCUGGUGACUCCACAUGUAUGGGAGGAGGCAUGUGGUAGUCUGCAGCCCUCCCCGGAUCAGCAGAUGGGGUGGAGCAGCGACUGGGACAGCUCGGAGAGCGGGGUGAUUGGCAAGUGGCAAGGUACAGUUGGGAGGAAAAAAAAAAAGGGGGGGGGGUUGGAGAACUAAAUCUGCAAAGGGAACAUAUUUUGCCUCAGGUUGGACUGAUUUAAUCAUAUCUGAAAUGUACCAGUUGUCAGUUAAGACUCCUGCACCUUACUGGGGUGCUGUUGGUCAGAGGGAGGACUUGAACAGGAGGGAAAAUAAGCAGCUAAGUAGUGUCAUGUUUAUUCACACUCACAGGUAGGUCCGUACUAAGUAGUGUCAUGUUUAUUCAGACACACUGGUAGGCCCGUAUUAAGUAGUGUCAUGUUUAUUCAGGCACACUGGUAGGCCCAUAUCAGAGCCCUAGAAAGAGAGAGUUCCGUCAACUCCGUAGACAUCAAUGGGCCAAUUAUUUAACAGCAAUGGCGCAUCAUGGGAGCCCCGGAUAGUUCCAAACAGUGCUCAUAGAAUAUGUAUCAUGUUGGAAUAUAUCUAGAUCUAUAUAUAAAUGUAAAAAUCUGAAAAUAUUGAUUAGUAGUUACCAGAAAUCGCGGCUAAGCAGUUCAUUUAAAUGACCCGCCAAGCUUCGUUUGGAACUAUUCGGCGGCUACAUGAACCACGUGACCCUCUCGCGUUCUGACCCCUCAUUGACGCAACUCUCUUUUUCUAGGGCUCUGACCCAUAUUAAGUAGUGUCAUGUUUAUUCAGACUCACUCGUAGGCCGACAUUAAGUAGUGUCAUGUUUAUUAAGACUCACAGGUAGGCCUGUACUAAGUGUCAUGUUUAUUCAGACUCACAGGUAGGCCCGUACUAAGUAGUGUCAUGUUUAUUCAGAUUCACAGAUAGAUCCGUACUAAGUAGUGUCAUGUUUAUUGAGACUCACAGGUAGGCCCGUACUAAGUAGUGUCAUGUUUAUUCAGACUCACAGGUAGGCCCGUACUAAGUAGUGUCAUAUUCAUUCAGACUCACACGUAGGCCCGUACUAAGUAGUGUCAUGUCUAUUCAGACUCACAGAUAGGUCCGUGCUUAAGUAGUGUCAUGUUUAUUGAGACUCUCAGGUAGGCCCGUACUAAGUAGUGUCAUGUUUAUUCAGACUCACAGGUAGGCCCGUACUAAGUAGUGUCAUGUUUAUUCAGAUUCACAGGUAGGCCCGUAUUAAGUAAUGUCAUGUUUAUUCAGACUCACAGGUAGGCCCGUAUUAAGUAUUGUCAUGUUUAUUCAGACUCACAGGUAGGCCCGUACUAAGUAGUGUCAUGUUUAUUCAGACACACCGGUAGGCCUGUACUAAGUAGUGUCAUGUUUAUUCAGACUCACAGGUAGGCCCAUGUUAGAUGGUGUCAUGUUUGGUCAUUUAAAGCAGGAUGUUGACUCUGCUGGACUUAAGAACUCGCAUCAGCAGCUUUAGGUGUGUUUUGUUGCCUGAAUGUUUUCCUUCAGCUUGGUUAACCGGUGUCGCAGUUCAGCUGUCACAGCUGAACUGAGCCGCUGGAAUAUAGUCAGUGUGUUUUAUGUAUUAUUUAUUUGGGUUGUAGUACAUGUUGCUGACGGUCCUGAACCUGGUCUUGUGAUGUGCUGCUGCUGUCAACCCAAUAAAAGGUCAGUGGAC